ACUUGAGAAAUCUAAAUGUGGAUUAUAUAUAAUCUAUGUACAGUGAACAAACAUCAUGUGCCGUGAAUGAGGCAUGCCGAGAAGACCUACUCAUCUUUCCGACGUGCAGCGGCGUUGCGUGCCUUCUUUUCGUCCCCGGAUGAUCGAGUGAUUCCCGCCACGCCAGCCGAUACCACCAGCAUGCCACAGACGAUGAUGAACCGCAUCACAAAGUCCCCCGAGGUGCCGAUCUGCUGCUCAUUCAACGCAGAGUCCAUUUCGCGGGACCGACGCUGCUGCCGCCGAGUAUCCUCCGCCGUCUGCGUGCGGUAGUGACCACGGGCAUUGAAAUGGUACACGGGAUUCCGAUCAAUAAACGACGUGGGAUCGUCUUCAUGCACACGACCACCUCCUCCUGGCGCCCCAGCCCCAAACCCAGCUCCCGCUCCCGCUCCCGCCCCGGCCCCCGGCGGCGGUUUCCGAUUCCCGUAGCCCCCAUGCGCAUAGAAACUCGGCGGCGGGCCACGGAAGGGACCGCGACGUUUACUCAGGCCACUGGCGGGUCGGGACCCGGCGUACGAUCCGCCCGUGUUAUGGAGGUUGGCGCCGUAGCUGCUGUGACUGCCCAUGGGGUGUUGACCGGGGUGGGCGGUGCUGUGUGUCGAGGAGGACAUGUGCUGGGCUAGGAUGCCGUGGUCGCGAUCGUAGGUGGCGCGUUUCGUGUGGUUGCCGAGCACAUUGUAGGCGGAGGAGAUGCGGGCGAAGCGUUCGGAGGCGGUGGGAUCGUCGCGGUUGCGAUCGGGGUGGUGGCGGAGGGAGAGGGAGUAGAAUUGUCUGGUAGGGAGUAGGGGUUAGAAUUGACAAAAGCUAGGAUUUCAUUUUUCUUUUCCUAUGUUUCGCUUGCAAUUGGGAUUGGAUUGCUAUCCAUGGGGGAAGUGAAGGAGAAUGGUUGGGUGUGAAAGUAGAGUGGUGUAGUGGAGGAAUAGUGGGAGAUCAGAUAAGAUACAGCUAGCUGUAGGUAUGUAUGCUUCUUCGACGAUGAUCACUUGGAGAUCCAAAUUUGGGCAGGUCAAGUACAAAAAGCUGGGAGGAUUAAGGCGCUCACUUCUUGAUCUCCGAGGCCGAUGCUGUCACCGGUACUCCGAGAAUGUCAUAGUAAUUGGGUUCUCGGUGGGCAUAGCGAAAGGAGGCGGUGGUAGAAAAGGUGGCUGCGAGCUUGGGGAGAGGCGAAUGGCGACAACUACUGCGAGGGGCAAUCCGUAGUCGAGGGACGGUCGUCACGCGGGGAAAGGGCAUGCCGGAGAUGAGAGGGGUUCACAUUGAAGAAUUGAGAGAAGGAAAGGAAGAAUAGAGGGGGGAGAGACAGGGAGAGGAAGAUAGAGAGCGAGAGCAAGAGCGAAAGCGGAGGAGAGACUGAGGCAAGAAGGCAACGAGGCACGAGGGAGUGGAAUUCCGCUGAUCGGCCCUGCGUCAUCGCUGCCUUAGAAUCGAGGAUCGCGUCACCCGGCUCAGGAAGGGGAAGGGGAGUGUUCGGUGGGGUCAAUUAUGAUCACGGCAGACGAGAUGUGUAGACUCCAGAAAAUCCGAGAUGUAGAAUGGAAUCGGUCACUAGAUGCCCAUUAAACGGGUGCAAUCAAAAUGUCGAGAAGUAUAGACAGUCGGACUCUUGAUUAAGUCAGUCUUGGCGCCUGAAAUCCCGAUUCUUCCUUCGGCUUUCCCCUCAUUUUUUCUUUCUUCCGCUCCCUCAACGUCUGCCCACACCCAACCACUCCACAACCAUGGCUGCUCAGGCUAGCGAGAAGCUGCAGAAGCUUGACCUGAACGGUCAGAGCGGCGACGCAAAGGCCGACGCUCCCGCCGCCGGUCAAGCUGAAGCCGGAGAGGCGGACGAUGAUUCCGAUGACGAGGCUGAUGAUGGAACACCUGCUGCCGAAGGCGCUGCCAACGGAGCUGCCAAGAAAAAGAAGAAGCGCAAGAGCAAGAAGAAGAAGAAGGGUGGUGCCAAGGUCCAGAGCUCGCCUCCGCGGGUCCCCGUCGCCAACCUAUUCCCUAACAACCAAUUCCCCGAGGGCGAGAUUGUCGAGUACAAGAACGAAAAUUCUUACCGAACUACCAACGAGGAGAAGCGCUACCUCGACCGCAUGAACAAUGAUUUCCUGCAGGAAUACCGCCAGGGAGCUGAGGUGCACCGUCAGGUCCGCCAGUAUGCGCAGAAGAACAUCAAACCAGGCCAGACUUUGACGGAGAUUGCGGAGGGCAUUGAGGACUCCGUGCGUGCUUUGACCGGCCACCAGGGUCUUGAGGAAGGUGACAACCUCAAGGGUGGUAUGGGUUUCCCUUGCGGUUUGAGCAUCAACCACUGCGCUGCCCAUUACACCCCCAACGCGGGCAACAAGAUGGUGUUGCAGCAGGGUGAUGUGAUGAAGGUUGACUUCGGCGCCCACCUGAACGGCCGCAUUGUCGACAGUGCCUUUACCGUUGCCUUUGACCCGGUGUAUGACCCCCUUUUGGAAGCCGUCAAGGAUGCCACCAACACUGGAAUUCGCGAGGCGGGUAUUGACGUCCGUAUGAGCGAUAUUGGUGCCGCCAUCCAGGAGGCCAUGGAAAGCUACGAGGUGGAACUCAACGGCACCAUGCAUCCUGUGAAAUGUAUCAGGAACCUCAACGGUCAUAACAUUGACCAGCACAUUAUUCACGGUGGCAAGAGCGUCCCCAUCGUGAAGGGCGGAGACCAGACCAAGAUGGAGGAAGGCGAGGUGUUUGCCAUCGAAACCUUCGGUAGUACCGGAAAGGGUUACGUGAGAGAAGAUAUGGAAACCUCUCAUUAUGCUUUGGACCCCAACGCGCAGCCCGUGCCGCUGCGUCUGUCCUCGGCCAAGAAUUUGUUGAAUGUGAUCAACAAGAACUUCGGCACCCUGCCUUUCUGCCGCCGGUAUCUCGAUCGACUGGGCCAGGACAAGUACCUCCUCGGGUUGAACAACCUGGUGUCAUCCGGCAUUGUCCAGGACUACCCGCCCUUGUGUGAUAUCAAGGGCUCAUACACAGCCCAAUAUGAACAUACCAUUGUCCUUCGACCCAACGUUAAGGAAGUGAUCAGUCGUGGAGACGAUUACUGAGUAGGCCUUCAUUGGAUGAAGAGGACCUGGAUGGAUAUACUCAAUGAAGCGAGAUGUUUAUGAACGAACUGUCUAUAGUAUAAAUUUCCCAAAAGCAAAUGCCACAUCAAGUAUCUACAGAAACAACAGAAAAGAACACUUUGAACACUGCCCUGAAACUGCCCUGAAAUCGGCCCAUCCGUGGCGACGGGUAGCCCCACGUGGAAAGCGUGACUCCGGAAGGCUCACGUUGCGGCGAUUAAUCAGAGCA